GGUGUGGAUACCGCACAAAUCGUGCGACAAUAAACGUAUCAUAAACUUACGUGUUCACGUUCGCGGUAAUUUCUUUUUUGUGUUCGAAAUUCGAAAUAUGGACAAUAUAAUACUCAUAAACAUUAUAGUUUUAUUAAUUUAAAACGAGCAUACACGCGUCGACCCCGACGGGUCACUGGAAGUGAUACGUAAUUCAUUAAGAAGAAACCGGAAAGAGCUGGGUCAUUUGUUGAAUAAUGUGAUCGUAAAGGUGUUGAAAUAGAAAAACUACGCAAAGAGACAUUAAAACUACUUUAUUAACAAAUUUUUUACGUUGUGGAAAAUCUUAUAAUUGGAACAAAAGUGAUGUUAUAUAAAAAAAUGUGAAAGAUUUUUAUAAAGUUCUAAAAAUGGAACACUUUUUUAAAAGUUACGACCGUUAAAAACAUGGCGGUGUGGGUGUGGUUGGCAGCAUUGUUGUGCGGUACGCAAGCGGCGGUGCUGCCACCGCCUUGGGCGGACGUCAGAAAGAAUCCUUGUGCGUCGCAUCCGAGGGGUUGGCUGAUGCUAUUCUGGCCCAACGAUGGAAAAUGUUACACCAUUUACAAGAAAGGCCACCCCUGUCCUGAAACACAGGAGCUUAGUCCAGCUCGGUGGGGCGGGCGCACGGUGGCCGAGUGUAAGUGUCCACCGGGAACCGCUCAGCUGCCCCAUUCUACUACCUGCCACAAGUUGUUCGAGCGCGGCCCUUGUCGCCUGGGAGAGUACUUCGCGCCUGUAGAGGAAUCAUUUAACAAGCGAGGCGAGCGUCAAGGCAUGUGCGUGCGUCCUCAGCAGUGCGCUGACGAGACCUUGCUCUACUGGCCAGCAGAUGGCCGGUGCUACUACCGGCUGAGUCAGGGACCUUGCUACACCGGCUCGAUACUGGACUUGGGUGAUGAUGGACUCGCUAAUUGUACGUGUGCGUCGGAUGGUCCUCACUACUGGGCUGGAGACGGAGGGUGUUAUGCUCACUACUCCAGAGGGCCUUGUGAGAAAGGCCAGCUCUUCUUGCCAGGCGCUAAAUGUGGUUGUGAAAGUCACUUGCCUCAUUACCAUAACGACACUGGCGCUUGUUACGAAUUAGACACUAUAGGCCCUUGUCCAAAAGGACACGUGUUUUCAAUUUCGCAAGUGAGUCCGUACGGCUCCAAGGCUGAGUGCAAGUGCAAGUCAUUCCACGCUCGGGCUGUAGAUGGCGCCUGUUAUAGGCUGUACACGAGAGGGCCUUGUGCUCAUGAUGAAAUGAUUGCUAGAGGAGGAAGAUGCAUCAAGUUGCCUUGUGCCAGAGGUCGCCUGUACGUGCCAGAGCGCCGGCGUUGCUACAGGCCCGGCGCGGCCGAGCCAUGUCCCGUUGGGGAGGUGGUGGCUUUUGAUUUUGAAGCCAGGCCGGCGCUCGAUGGACUGAGCCACAAUGGUGUCUGCGCGUGUGGCAGCGGAGUUUGCACCAGACGAGAGGUCGAAGCUUGCUCAUCUAGAAGGGGAUCCGCCUCAUACGGUGGUGCUUGUCACACCCUCCAUACACAAGGACCAUGCCCAGAAUAUUCGUGGCUGGUAAAAGACUCCUACGGUUCAACAAAAUGUCAAUGUAGACCUGGCAGACUACCACCCGACUGCAGGGAAGACACAAGGCUCAAUUCGAAGAGCUGACACCACUGUCCAUAUUACUGUAUAAUGAUCUCGAGUAUA